AAUUACCAUGCCACUUCAAAUUUCUCUUUGCAGGGAUUACAAUUUUUUUUUCUAGUAUAUUGCACAGAAAUUUCGAGAACCUGUGACGCCAAAGUGGCCCCUUCCACUGUAAGGAUGGCUCGGGUCACGACCCUCCUUUUGCUCCUGUGGCUGAUUGCGGGCUCAGAGAAGGCACACGUCUCUGAUCUGCCUUUCUGCCAAGUGACACCUCAUUUGUGCAGAGCCAAUGAGAUUUGCAGCAACAACUGGCCUAAUAAUUAUGAAGAGAACCUCUGCUAUCAAAAGUACUUUCUGAGAUAUGACAUUGCCAAGGCGUACAACUCCAGUGAUGAUGAAGAGAUUAAGGGAGCUGUCAUGAUGCAUUUGCAACAAUUUGUUGCUUUCCCUGCAGUUGGUGAUGUGUUUGUUGAGGCUAACCUGUUUGGUGAAACAAUGGCGGUUGUCAAUGUCUCUGACACAUCCAUGAUGGGUUCAUCUAUUCUUACCAACCUGGAAGAUUACAUUGUGCACAAUUUCUACCAAAAUAAUGAGACUCUACACAUCCAAAAUGCUUUCUAUGAUGUGAGUUCUGUGAAACUGUUUGACGAUGAGGACAAAGCCAGUGACGACUCCUAUGCUUUGGUGCUGUCCCAGUACUGCUUGAGGUAUAGACCCUGUGGGUAUUCUGACCAGUUUGUCUGUGUACCUGAGACGUUUGGGUAUACUUGUGCAGAAUCCUGUUCUUAUGGCUACUACAGCUCCAACAGGCAAUGUGUCCAGUGUGCCACAGGGACGACAACUCUUUUGAAAGGAGCCACUUCAGCUGAUCAGUGUGUCUUGGACUGCCAAGAUGGCGAGGAUUUCCGUCUUCAGAGCCAGAUGUGUCAAGCUUGUCCAAGUCAGCAGUACAAAGGUCCAGGACAGAGCCGCUGCUCUGUGUGUCCAUAUCAAGGUGGAACAGACACCACCUGUGCUCCAGGACCGCUGAGAGAGGUGGUCAAUGGUCGAGUGGACAUCUCGGUGAAGCUGGAGCUUACUUCAUUAUCCUGUGAGAUCCAAGACACAACCCAAUACAGCCGAGACAAAGCUUUGACCUCGCUGAUCAGAUAUUUAUUCCUGGGCAGUGUCUACUCCACAGCAAGUUACGGCGCCCCUUAUUACAACCCUUCCCAGCCUCCCCAUAAGGGUCUGUGUAUGCCCGACUUCAUAUGUUCCAACAUUCGAGCCACUGCGGCUGUGGGUCAGCUUUGUGAAAUGGACACAUCCUGCACUGAUCCAGCCCACUGUGGCCGGUUCCGUUCCACUUUGGAUGUCACAGUCUACAAUGCCUGGGAACUCACCACAAACCCCACCAAUGGUCAAAACUACACUACAGUGGAGCAAGUGUUACAUAUCCUUUCUAAUGGCAGCAACCUGAACCAAAUUAUAUCUAUGCAUAAUUAUGUGAUAUCCCCUUUGACUCCCGCAACUGUCACACCAAUUGACUACUCAGAGAGAGUACUGUUUGGGUCGGUAGUCAUCAAUGACACGUAUGAUGACCCUAUGGGGGUCCAUGGACACGAAUUUUCGGAAAUGAAGAGUGAAAUGGGCAUUGUGGCUGAAGACAGGUUUCAACUCAUUGAAGGUUUUUUGUACCCCGAAUUCAACAGUAUUGGGAACUUUUUCUAUGGCUUUGAGAAGCUUGUUCAGUUCAACUUCACUAUGGUCUUUGGAGUGUCAGUGGAUGGUGUGGUUGAUCAAGUGGCUGAGCUGAUGGUCAAAUCUCAUCAACUGACUGCUGGAGACUUUGGUCGCUACAACUUCAUUGGGCCUAUGUCCUUGUACACAACCGAAGAGAAUAUGAAGAAUGGAAUUCAGGCUGUAUCCUGGUGUGAUGUCUUCCAUGGUCUUGGGUUUGAUCCCUGUCAAAAUGGUGGCACCUGUACUGAAGAAAACGUCUUCUACGCAUGCGGAGAUGCUCCCAACUCUACUGUGACAUAUUUCAUCGCUUUUAAGCUGAACACAACGUACACUUCAAAUGACGAGAAUCUCCUGGAGAAUGUGAGAGUGCAGGUGGACACAGGUCUCAACUCUGGAGGUUUCUUGUACACCGUGCAGGGAAUUGGUGUCAUGGACUAUUAUGGCUACGAAACUAGCGUGGUCUUGUCAGUCACUACAGAUGUACAAUUCUUGGGUCAACUGGAAGAAUUCUUGGUCCUAUCUACCAAAGUUCAAGAAAUGGUCGCUGUAGACAGUUCAGGCAACAUGAGUGGUGUCACGUCUGCCAAUCUGUUCCUCUCGCAGGUGGAUGCAGAGGGUUAUUACAACGCACUGGAUAUGCAUGUGUGUCCUAAAUUGUCUGAGGAGCUGUGUGGUGCACACAUGGAAUGCUCCACCAUGGGAGGCACCGACUUCUACUGCAACCCCAAGAACGUCAUAUACUACUUAAGACUGGAGUUUGCCAUUCCAUACUCUGAGAAUUCCACAACACAAUCUUAUGACGUUCAGUCACAGAUGGAGCAAGCCUUGGUGUAUGAGCACUUUAUCUCUCUGUACUCCUCAAACUCUUUUCCGCUAGGAGCAGGUGGUGAAUCCACUGCAAUGAUUUUCUAUCUCCAAGUGUAUGAUGCAAGAGAAACUGACAAGGUUUUUCAAUCCAUUGCUGAGCUGGUCGCGGCUGGAAAUUUGGAAGUGUCUACUGGGAACGGGAUAGUGCACAGCCCAGCUAGAAUGGAAGUCUAUGAGAGCGAGUAUGAUGCUCAAACUGACAUGUCUCCACUAGACCUUGACGUUUGCAAGUGGUCCACAGUUCUGUGUGGAGAUGCAACUUGCGAAAGCGGCCAUGGAUUUGCCUUCACUUGUGGAAAUUCUACCAAUACAACAGUCUCGAAUUUCACUACCACAGACAGCUGGAACAAUUUCACUACCACAAACAGCUAUAACAAUUUCACUACCACAGACAGCUGGAACAGUUCCAGUAGCACACCCAACCCAAGCAAUUUCACUACCACAGACAGCUGGAACAAUUUCACUACCACAGACAGCUGGAACAAUUUCACUACCACAAACAGCUAUAACAGUUCCAGUAGCACACCCAACCCAAGCAAUUUCACUACCACAGACAGCUGGAACA